UACAUUCUGCUCGCUGUAUACCUUCCUAGGAGCCUUGCGGGUAGCAAGUAUGGCUUUGCUCACCAUCUUUGCCAUGUUGGCCAUGGUCGCUGCCAGUUCGGACGCGCAAUCCGUCGUGUACAAUACUAGCUUUGACAAAGCAGCGACGAUUAGUGGGUGGGAUAAAUACAUUCAAAGUACGGAAUGUCCUUGUCCGACGGCCUCCGUUAACAUGGCGAGUAAGGCGGCCGCACGGACCGGGAGUGCCGGCGUGGCUGUCAGCAUAUCGGUUACGGCAACCCAGGGAUGGCACGUCCAGCUCCAGUCCCCGCAGUUCAACCUGUCUGCAAGCAAACUGUACACGGCUUGCUUUUGGGUUCGGACCAGCAAGGGAAGCGCCACGGUUCACAUGAGCCUUCUUGAGUUCGCUGGCUACGUAUUUAUUCGCGGUGCAAAUCUCCUGGCAGCAACCAACUGGCAGCAGGUUUGCAUCAACGACUUCCAACCACCCAGCGGAUCCACCGUCUACUACACCCUUGACCUGGGUCUCAUCCAGGGCACUCUCUACGUCGACGAUUUUACCUUAACCUCACGACCCGACAGCUCGGCCGAGGACAACAACUACGUCAACAAAACCAAUGUGGCUGCACGCAUUGAAAAGUACCGCAAGGGCGAUUUUUCCAUCAAGUUUGUGAACAAGACCACCAACAAGCCCAUCACCGGCAAGCUGGCCUCUCUGAAGCUGCGUCUAUCGCAGCACGACUUCCCCUUCGGCAGCGCGAUGGAGUGGUGGGGCGUGCCCGCAGCCCAGCUGGACUGGUACCUGGCCACCGCUAAGAAGCACUUCAAUGCGAUGGUACCCGAAUGGAGCUUCAAGUGGCCGGCGUACGAGCCGGUUAAGGGCCAGUACCAGAACACCUACAACUACCUGAUUAACAACCACAUCAAGUUUGCAACCGCCAACGACUUUGUGCUUUCGCGCGGACAUACCCUGGAAUGGUACCUAGAUGACGCCGGCUUCGUCAACCACUGGUCUCACCAGGACGGCUGCGACGCCUACCGCACCUACCUGCGCAACCGCAUAACCCGGGAGCUCAGCCUCUUCAAGGGCAAGUUCCAGGCAUACGAUGUCUUCAAUGAGGUCCUGCACACCCGCCAGUUCGUGUCCGACUGCCCGGGCAUGUGGCCCGGCAUCCUGUACGACGGCUUCCGCUGGGCCGCCGCCGCCGACCCCACCGCGCAGCUGUGCCUCAACGAAUACGACCUGAUCACUGGUGACGACUGGCAGGGCAUGUUGCAGCUGGUGAAGGACAUGCUCGCAAACAAGGUGCCCAUCCACUGCAUCGGGGUGCAGGCCUACACCUCCACCAGCCAGGUCCCCCGCCCCACCCCCGCCUACAUGAAGCCGCGUCUGGACCAGCUCGCCUCCCUCAACCUCUCCAUCUACAUCACCGAGUUCAACUUCAUGACCGGCUGGGAGGGCAACACUCCCGUGUGGGGCGGCACGCAGGCGCAGCAUGCAGCCCUGUACGACGAGUACCUGCGCUUCUGGUUUAGCGUGCCGUACAUCAAGGGAAUACUCAUGUGGGGCUUCUGGGACUCCUCCAACUGGAUCCGCAACGGCGGCCUCUACACCGCCAACGGCACCGCCAAGGCCGCCGCCGCCACCGUCGCCUCGCUGUGGGGCAGCACCUGGAACACCACCACGACCGCAACCAAUGUGGCGCUCUCCAGCAAGGGGGUGUACGGACCCACUCGGGGCUUCUACGGCAAGUACGUCUACGAAGUCACGCUGGGAAGCAAGAAGUUCAGCGGGACGGUGAGGUUCCCCGCGGCUAACGGAACGGCGCAGACGGCGGUUGUGUACCUGUGAUAGGUGGAUAGGUAGAUGGGGGCUGUGGGGUUUGUGUGGCUUGGAAGCAAGACACUGGUUGCUACUUAGGGUAUCUAGGCCUGCGAGCGAGAAGUAAGGGUUUAUGCCACCGUGUGUUGUGGUUUGUGGGUCGUGAUUUGGCACAAAGCUGUAUUCACUCGCAAUUUUGCAGUAUAUUACAGAGGAUUGCAGCAGCUACCAUGCGCCGAAUGUGCGCUUAAACGUGGAAUAUGGUUCGUUAGGUGUUCAGUUGCGACGUUGCGGGCAACGUGGGACACGGGAGGGGUCCGAGGCUCAUGGUUACCUUGUUUGCCAAGGGACGAAGUGCUCUAGGGUGGGUCAACAUCCAGCUACCGUACCUUUAGUGCUGUAUUUAGCAUACUUCUACAUCUUUAGCGUGCGUAAUGGUUGACUGGAAGCGAGCAGUCCCAAAACACACAAAUAAAAUGUAUACGGCAUAUAUCAGCCCUUGAAUUCCGUUUCGUUCAAAGGCGGAUGUCGUAGUUAGCUGUGUACGAAUGUCGUAUCUGCAUAUACAGUGAUGACAUAGCUUGUGCAUUGGUGCGAGCGAGCAUGGGCACAUGCAAUCAUCUCCAUCCGCCGCGUUGGGCAGUUGCUGUUGUCAGCACGCCCGUGGGGGCUCUUGUCGGCUGCAUGCAUGCAUGCAUGCCUAAGCAAGCCGGGAAUCCUCUGUGCAUGUUGCCCUGCUUAGGGUUGGACUCGGUUGGCGUGGCUGGCCAUGGGUUGUUGUUAGCCCAGUGUGUAUUGGGGUGAGUAGUGGAGUAUAACAAGAGCAAGCAAUGUGUAUUGGGGUGUGUGGGCGUUUGUCAGAUGCUGCAUGCCUUACCAAUACCGGUAGCUGGUAGCUUGUUUUGCCCCAGUCGUGUCGUUGUUGCACCACCGUCCUUAACGAACAUUAGAUGUCUGCUGCGGCCUCGACGCUGGCACGGGCGCGCCGGUGCUUGUUUGUACGGCGUUGUGCGCCUUCGGGGUUAUGUAUCGAGCUUGCAUUGGCGCCCAUCCGCCGUGUUCGCCAUGGCGCCCAUCCGCCGUGUCCGUAUGUUGACACGCUGUUCCCACAGCCUUAUACGUCCACACUUGCGUCAUUGCUGAAGUGACGUUCUGCGGGACGUUUUGCGGGAAGGUUGCAAAGAGUGUAUGUGUGGCCAGGAGGGAGAACAAUCAUCGUCAGGCCUGAUGCAAGGAUCGGAUAGGGGAGUGGAACAAUAUGAAGGCAC